CUCUUCCGGUGUGUGGGCUGUUGCUGGCUGUCAACAUCAAGCUGCUCCUUUUCCCGACCUGCUUCUCAGCUUGCUUCUUCUUCUUCUUCUUCUUUUUUUUAAUUGUUUUAAUUUUUUUAGCCAUCCAAAACACAAGUCGAGCCCUCCAUCCAGCAUGUACCAGGUAAAACCGAUGUGCGGGGGUGACGUCAAGGUUGAUUUGCCCACCUGCAUGUACAAGCUAGCGAAUAUCCACGAGCGGCCGCCGGGGAACAGCUGCACACACGAGCACGCCGCGCUGCAGAAUGGCGUGGUUGACCCGACCGUCAAAGCGCUGGAGGCCCGUCAGGACGAGAUCAUGCGCAAACUGUACGAGCUGAAGGCGGCCGUGGAGGGCCUGGCAAAGACUGUGACCACGCCCGACGCUGACAUGGACCUGACAGUCAGCAGCAGCCUCUCGUCCCAGAGCGCCAGCUUCGCCGCCUUCAAAUGCGCUGCCGACCUGGACACGCUACUGGGCAAGGACCUUGGCGCUCUCCGUGACAUUGUCAUCAACGCCAACCCGGCACAGCCCCCCUUCACCCUCUUGGUUCUUCACAACCUGCUGUGUCAGCGCUAUCGGGUGCUCUCCACCGUCCACGUCCAUUCGUCGGUCAGCAGCGUGCCACCACAGCUCCUCUCCUGCCUCGGCCCGCGCCAUCCGGACAGCUACGCCCGUCAUCUCUUCCAGCUCGGCUUCACCCUAAUAUGGAAAGACGUUCCCAAACUGCAGAUGAAGUUCAGCGUCCAGAACAUGUGCCCCAUCGAAGGGGAGGCCAGCGUGGCGCGCUUCCUCUUCAAGCUGCUGGCGCCAUACCCGUCCGACGCCGCGCUGGCCACCCUGGUGGACGACUGGGUGGACACUGCCUUCCUCCAGCUGGCUGAGGGAGGCGCCAAGGAGCGGGCCGCCGUCCUGCGCGCCCUCAACUCGGCAUUGGGCCGCGGACCCUGGCUGGCGGGUCGCGACAUCACCCUGGCUGACGUGGCGUGCUACUGCUGCCUGCUGCUCAGCGGCGCCACCUUGUCCUCAGCCCCCGCUAACGUCCAACGCUGGCUCGAGUCCUGCGAGAACCUGGGCCAUUUCGGCCCCGCCAAGGUACUACUACAGUGACCCCGGCUUCUUGCGAGGAGGGCAAAGUGAGAGAAAAAUGGGCCAGCCAUGUCAGGAACACCUUCUCAUGCUUACCUCCUUGACAGUAACAUCAUUCUACUAACAUUGAGGUACCCGUUGGGUCUCUUUGUGCCACGCAGCUUUUGUAUUGACAGAUUCUUAAAGGGAGGAAGCACGAGAGGACUGUGAAGACAAGGAUGUGCGCACACCUUUCACCCACUUUGUGCCUAUUGAAUAAAUGCCUCUUGGAAAAGUGUGUAUGUGUGGUCACACAGUAUUAUAAGUAAUACUUUGUACCAAUUCAUUAAAACGUCCAGUUUGGAUCAAGCUUUUGAA